CAGUUCGCCAUUCAAUUUCGAGAAUCCGAGGCACCUUGCUCCCGUACGCAGUUUCAUCAUCUGCCAGAGAUGACACUCGCCCCCAUCCAUCACUCGAUAUGUACAACCUGCCGCCUUCGCUCUCUGGUGGCAGCAAAGCAAUAUGCCAGAGCACGAACACCAACUUCGCGAGACUGGACACGACUGAGGCAACCAGCGUUCGCCCGAUACUUGCAUAUAUCUAGGCCCAGCUUCCAACAUCGGGACUCCACGAGACAAGGGAAGGAGCAUGCACAGACACUAGACAAGAAGCUCCAAGCGGACCAAAUAGCACGGCGUGCACAUGAAGAGUUCGAGCUGGAGGACAUAGAGACAUCCGCCGCCGAAGACAUAGUGGACACUCAAACAGCAGGAGCUUUGAAUGCUUCACCUGAAGAUGUCGCACGAGCUGCUCGUCGACGAUUUGGAGAUGCGCUGCCGGACGGCGUUCUGGAUGAGAAGCAGUACACAGCAUACGAGCGUUUGUACGGCCCACCAAUUGGCAACACUGUAGAUGAGAUGGUUGACUUUGAGGAAAAUGAGCUUGAAGGAGAGUUGGAUGAAUCAGACAACGUUGGCACUGGUGUUUUGAGGGAAAGCAAAGAUGGCGUCCUCGAGGAGGUCGAGUUCAUUGAAGAGGAGGAGGAAGACUUCGAAGAAGAGGAAGGACAAGAGCUCGUGGAGGAGGAGAAUGCCGAAGCGGAAGUGGAGGCGGGCACUGUCACUGCAGGUCUCGAUGCUCAGACUAUCAGUCAUCUUGCGGCACUACGUUUGACGUCGGAGCAAGAGCAGCUCGAGGAUUCCGAAGAGCAGUUCCCUGAACCGUACGACCAUACACGAGCGCACCCCUUGACCGUGGCCAACCGGUUUGGCACACCCUCUUCUACCGUGCAACUACCAUCGUCCUCAUUCGUGGACCCUGUCUCCCGGAUCGUAGCAGGCGUUCCAAACAAGCACAUUUCCGAAGUCGCCCAUCGUAUCUUUGGCGGUGUUGGUCUGCCCUACUCGACGUCAACACCGCAGCGUGCGGUGACCAUGCCACAAAAACCCAUACCUCUGAACCCUGGUCAAGGCAGGAUGAGCGACAUGGAUGCCGACAUCUUCAUGACUACUCUCAUGCCUGGCAUCUACGCAAGUGUGUACAGUGUUCUUAUCGAAACUCGCAAACGCCUUGGCAGCUCGUGGUUGGAAGGCCUAUUGACCAAGGAAGGUGGACCUCGCAUCUUGGACGCUGGCGGUGCAGGUGUAGGUGUGAUGGCUACAAGAGACGUUCUGCAGGCAGAAUGGGAACGCGUGCACGACACAAGCGAAGACGAGGACCCCUUCAUGGCCAUUGCAGAGGCCGGUGGCAAGACUGGUGGCGAGUCUAUCCCUGCACCUGUCGGCAAGGCUACUGUCUUGACCAGUAACGAGGCUUUGCGCUUCCGCUCCAGCAAACUUUUGGAGAACACGACUUUCCUACCUCGUCUUCCUGAUUAUAUGCAUGCGACUGACGAGUCUGCUCGUGAGCGUGGCAAGUACGACAUCAUCAUUGCACCUCACACUCUGUGGCCGUUGAAGGAGGACCACAUCCGCAAACAAUACGUCAAGAACCUGUGGAGUUUGCUCAGCACAGAUGGCGGUGUCUUGAUCUUGUUGGAGAAGGGUGUACCUCGCGGAUUCGAGAUGAUUGCUGCAGCAAGAGAAAUGCUUCUUACCGCUCGCAUCUCCUCACCUGGUAACGAAGAGACUGCAGAGGACGUGGAAGAGCCAGGCGAGGGCACGAUGUGGGGCAAGCAGCCAAAGGAUAAGGGCAUGAUCAUUGCUCCUUGCACCAAUCACCUUGGCUGUCCCAUGUAUGUCAACCGUGGCAUCAGCAAAGGUCGCAAGGACUUCUGUCACUUCAAGCAACGCUACAUUCGACCUCCAUUCUUGCAAAGGAUCCUAGGAGCCAAGCACAGAAACCACGAAGACGUCGAGUUCUCGUACAUAAGUGUGAUGAGGGGCCGUGAUCUCCGCGACAGAGACGAGGAAAAUAUCAUCCAAGGAGAAGUCGCGAGAGAUCGAGCAUUUAUCGGUUUCGAGAACCCUCAAGCGAUGAACGAGCAAGACGAAGAUGAGUUCGACCCUACAGCACCUGCCGUACCGGAUGUGGAAGAGAUGUCUGUGGAAGAAGAGCCUCACUCGUUGAGCAUGCCGCGUGUGGUGCUGCCUCCCCUAAAGCGUCAAGGUCAUGUUAUCAUCGACAUGUGCACUCCGGCCGGCACUCUGGAGCGCUGGACGGUACCAAGAAGUUUCUCCAAGCAGGCUUACCGCGAUGCACGCAAGAGCUCCUGGGGUGACAUCUGGGCUCUGGGAGCCAAAACCAGAACACCUCGAAAUGUGCGUGUAGGCAGAGGUAAAGAUGAGCUUGGUGGUGUCGAAAAGAAGAAGAAGAAUAAGGCGAAGAAUACCAUUGAGGUGGGGUAUGAUUCGCAGGGUAACAUCAAGGAGGAAGAUAUCAAGGUCAAGACGGGAGGUCGCAUGAGACAAGGCAAGGUCAAGGGCAUCAGAGAUAAGCGUGACAAGAAGGCCGAUGGAAGAGGAAGAAGAAAGAACCUCGACAAGGAGUAAUCGGAUGGGUGUGUAAGAUAUGAGUUUGAACAUGUCGGCUCUCGUAACGACCAGUAAUGACCAUCAAUUGCAAGCAUCAAGACACGAGCAUGACACUGGUGAUUUUGCACUUUAUUGGACCCGAAGAAUAUGAUGUGUAUUUUGACAAGGCUUCCUGCGGAGCUAUAGAGCCACAUUCAACCUCUGCGCUUUCAAUGCUUUCCGAAGAGCAGCAUAUCUAGUGGGUGGGCUUGAGGUUCUUGUUGGGGUUGCGAGGGUCGUUGCGGUACUCGUCGGCUGUGCAGUAUAUCUCGUCAGCAGGGUGUUCUCUUGCGCAUGUGUAUUGUAUAGCCAGAUCGGAGGUGUGGGUAAUGGUUUGGAGCAAGAUUCGGAAUGGGUGAACUGACUGUUGGCGAGAGUAGUGGCG